UCUCCCUUUAGACGAAGCGCGGAGUGACCAAUCGAGCGGUUCGGGUCGGUGGGCUGUCUAGGGACGGUAAAUGAUUGCUUAUCCGUGAUAAAUCAUUUUUUUCAUAAAUUGUGGUACAAAAUUUUUUGUGGUGCAAAUUGUGUUCAGAACUGUUCAGUGUACGAAAAGGAAAAAUACGAAGAAUAAGAUUCAAGAAAAGAAGAGGAGCUUAAUGGCUCUUAAGAAAUCAGAAAUACAAGGACAGACUUUGCACUCGCGAACGGGGCGUCUCGCAAUAAGCAGCAUUGCCUGUCGUUUGCUAAUCCUGUAUCUACCUCCUUUAUGUCUCGGUUUUGACAAACUCCUGUUGCUGCCAUCGCCAAUUCUGCAUCUGUUUCUGUGGCUGUUAUGUGUGAACGUGAAGAGAUCCGAGUGUUUAUAACUGUACGGUGCUGGUGGCGGUGACGAAGGGAAAGGGAAAGGGAGGAGGAGAAAGAGAAGGGGAAGAAAUUUGGAAGCAAGAUAAAGAAAGAAAGAAAGAAGGAGAAAGAGAAAUAGUGAAGAGAGUGUGCGUGCGAGUGAGAGGGAAAGGAAAGUCAAAGGCUCGGACGGAAUAUUUGAAGCGGUGCGCCACACAUAUCUACGGAAGAUCGUAUUUAUCGCGGGAAUAUAUUUGUGAAAUUAUUUCAGAGAUUUUGAUACAGUAUAUAUAUCGAACCUUCCUGCGAUCGUUUCUUACCGUUAACUCAUUAUUAAUCACAACAGUGAUUCGGUGAUCUACUUAACUCGGGUAAUUGACUCGAUUUUGGAUAACCUGAUCGCACAAUUUGAAGUGUCAGUUUGUCGACAGGCGUGACAGCCCGUCGACUGUCUCGUCCGUCCGCUGUCCUCUUUUUCUUAAUAAUAUUGUGUGGUGCAUUUAAUUCGCGAUGUUCACGGGGACAGUGAAAAUUGAAAUAUGCGAGGCAGUUGGACUAAGGGCGACGGACAAGCAACGCAAGUUUUGGCAAGAUGAACCUAUACUUGAUCCUUACGUUCAAUUGGAUGUCGAUGAAAAUCAUCUUGAUCGUUCAUCCACUAAACCAAAAACCUUUGAUCCAGUAUGGAACGAGUGUUUCACCCAUGAAGUUCAGGAUGCGGUGAACCUCGGACUCACUGUCUUCCACGAUGCGGCAUUACCGCCAGAUUAUUUCGUCGCAAAUUGUAGUAUUCCUUUCGAGGAACUUGUCAGCAGGAAUGAUAAGACUGCAGAUCUUUGGGUUGACCUUGAACCUCAAGGAAAGUUAAGAGUCAAGAUUGAUUUAAUAUGGAAUAAUCAAGAUCAACAAACAGGCUGUGGUACAGGUGAUGGAGAAGGAAUCGGAGGCAGAGGUGGUGGAAGCAUCACAUCUGGGAAAGAACCCAGAAGGGAAUUCAAAGAAAGGCAGGGUUUCAUUCGGCAUCGAAGAGGUGCCAUGCGACGUAAGGUUCAUCAAGCAAAUGGUCACAAAUUUAUGGCUACAUUCCUGAGGCAACCAACUUUCUGUUCUCACUGCCGUGAAUUCAUAUGGGGCUUGGGCAAGCAGGGCUAUCAGUGUCAAGUCUGCACAUGUGUAGUUCACAAAAGAUGUCACAAGUUGGUUAUCACAAAAUGCCCAGGCAUGAGAGAUGAGUCAAGUCAAGAUACAGAAAGUCCACGUUUCAGUAUAGAUAUGCCACACCGUUUUGUUGUUCACAAUUACAAGAGAUUUACAUUUUGUGACCAUUGUGGCUCACUCUUGUAUGGUUUAUUUAGACAAGGUUUACAGUGCGAAGCUUGUAAUAUAAAUGUUCACAAGAGAUGCCAGAAAAACGUAGCAAAUAAUUGUGGUAUUAAUACUAAAGCUAUGGCUGAAAUUUUGAGUACAAUGAAUAUAUCACCAGAUAAACAAAUAAAAACUCCAAAGAUUAAUUAUAGAAUAACAACUUGUCAGUCUGGUCAAACACCUACCGCAGUAACAGUUACAGACACAUUACCAACAGAUAAUUCACAAUCAAUUCAAAAAACUGAAGAAACACCUGUUGCUACUGAAAAUGCUGUACCUGUUAGUGAGAAUGAAGUUAGAAAAUUUGGUAUAGAAGAUUUUAAUUUCAUCAAGGUUCUUGGUAAAGGUAGUUUCGGAAAAGUGAUGUUAGUGGAACGAAAAACUAAUCCUGAUGAAGUUUAUGCUGUAAAAAUUUUAAGAAAAGAUGUAAUUAUACAAGACGACGAUGUAGAUUGUACAAUGACAGAAAAAAGGAUUUUAACAUUGGCAGCAAAACACCCUUUCCUUACAGCUAUUCAUAGUUGUUUUCAAACAAAUGAUCGAUUAUUUUUUGUUAUGGAAUAUGUAAAUGGAGGCGAUUUGAUGUUUCAUAUUCAGAGAGCACGGAAAUUUGAUGAAGCAAGAGCACGUUUCUAUGCAGCAGAAGUUACACUUGCAUUACAAUUCCUUCACAAGCAUUAUAUUAUUUAUCGAGAUCUUAAGUUAGACAACAUAAUACUCGAUCAAGAUGGUCAUUGUAAAUUAGCAGAUUUUGGAAUGUGCAAAGAGGGUAUUAUUGAAGGAAAAACAACCACAACAACAUUUUGUGGUACUCCUGAUUAUAUUGCACCUGAAAUUCUCCAAGAAUUGCAAUAUGGUGCAAGUGUUGAUUGGUGGGCACUUGGUGUUUUAAUGUACGAAAUGAUGGCUGGUCAACCACCUUUUGAAGCUGAUAAUGAAGAUGAUUUAUUUGAGUCCAUUUUACGAGAUGAUGUGCUUUAUCCUAUUUGGAUUUCAAAAGAAGCUGUUUCUAUUCUAAAAGGAUUUAUGACGAAGAAUCCAGCUAAAAGAUUAGGUUGUGUUGCAGCUAAUGGUGGUGAGAAUGCUAUAAAAAUUCAUCCAUUUUUUCAAGAAAUAGAUUGGGAAGCACUUGAAGCGCGUAAAGUGAAACCGCCAAUUAGACCAAAAACUAAAAGCAAAAAAGAUGUCAUGAAUUUCGAUACAGAAUUUACAAAAGAAGAUCCAGUGUUGACACCAGAAGAUCCGGACGAACUAAGCUAUAUAAAUCAAGAAGAAUUCCAAGGCUUCUCUUUCGUCAACAAAGACUUCAAUCCAGCUAGGUUUGGAACACAGUAAGAAGUAAGAAUAAGUGAAUGAAAAGGAAUCAAUGUUAAUAUCAUCUUAAAUGCUUUUUGCUUGAAAAAUUGACGAGCAAUAAAGCAAAGCUGAACAUCGGCAUUUCGAAGCUGCUCGAGGUCUCCUUUGUAUUUUAUUCUUAUGAGAGAUGAUUUUACGAGUCAUCGAAAGCAACAUUCAAGCUAUAAAAAUAGUGAUGGAGAUCGACAAGAAAUUGAAAUCAGCUAGAAACUAAAGUCCAUUUUAUGUCCAAAAAGUAACAGUUUUUGCAAAGAAAUUGAUCAGAACAAAAAAAGUGUAGUCUCAAUUUGGCAAAA